CUGACCGGCCCUGCUCUGCUCUCGAUGAAUAUCUUCAUCUGGGGUCUCAGCUGCCCCAGAGGCCUGCCUGACUCCGGAGUCUAUCUGGGGGUGGACGUGUGACCUCAAAUGAGGACAGGGCUCCCUCCUUCCCCGCCCUCCCCAGGCCCUUUUCUAACCCUGGCCUGAGCCAGGGUGUGACGGGGAGCUCAACCUACCUUCCUUCCUGUAUCUCUGUGCCAAGCCUCCAGGGCCAGACAAAAGUGCUGCUUCUGUGAGUUUCAGUUUCCCCAUCCAUGAAAUGGAGAGUUGACUACCUCCCUCCCAGGUGUUUGUACGGAUGGCCUAAGCUAAUGUAAUAAAGCAACUGCCCAUGAUACCCAGGAACUGCUCCAUGUCUGUCUGUCAGUGGUCUGCCCCUGCCCAGCUCUGCCAGGAAGUUCCCCUUGGUUGUCACUGGCUGGGGAGGCUUCUCCCAGCGUGGGGAGUGUGACCUAGUGGAUAUCCAUGGCUCAACCUCUCGCCUAUCCCAGUACCCGUAACUUACAGCCUCAUCUUCCUGCCCCCCGCCCAGACUGAGACCAGACCCUGAAGCCCCUGCUCAGCCCUCGCCAUUGGCCUUCCUUUUCCUUUCUGUACGCUGGUGUCUGGUCCUCUCUGCGCCUGCCCACCCUCUCAGGGAGGUGCCUCAUGGCAGCCCGCCCCUCCGGCCUGGUUUCCUCAGGAAAAGCCUUGGGAGGAAGCAGGGAGGGGGUUGGGAGCUGUGGGGGCCAGACUAACCCAAGCCCUCCCACUGCACUGGCCGCCAUGGGGCUGGGGCUCCUGUUCCUUCUGCUGCUGCUCUGGACUCGGGGGACCCAGGGGUCUGAGCUGGACCCCAAUGGGCGGCACGUCUGCAUGGCCAGCAGCCCCUCUGCUGAGCUCCACUGCUGCCCAGGCUGGAGGCAGAAUGAUCGAGAAUGCACCACCCCCAUCUGCGAGGGGCUGGACGUCUGCCGGGAAGACGAGGUAUGUGUGAAACCAGGCCUCUGUCGAUGCAAACCUGGAUUCUUCGGGGCCCGGUGCAACUCGCGCUGCCCGGGCCAGUACUGGGGCCCCGACUGCCGGGAGAGCUGCGCCUGCCACCCGCACGGCCAGUGCGAGCCGGCCACGGGCGUGUGCCACUGCCAAUCCGACCGCUGGGGCGACCGCUGCGAGUUCCCGUGCGCCUGCGGCCCCCACGGGCGUUGCAACCCCGAGACCGGCGCGUGCCGCUGCGAGCCCGGCUGGUGGUCGCCCACGUGCCGCCGCCCGUGCCAGUGCAACCCGGCGGCGGCGCGCUGCGAUCAGGCCACCGGCUCCUGCCUGUGCGAGCCGGGCUGGUGGGGCCGCCGCUGCAGCUUCCGCUGCGCCUGCCACGGCUCGCCGUGCGCGCAGGAGUCGGGCCGCUGCGCCUGCCGGCCCGGCUGGUGGGGCUCCGAGUGCCGGCAGCCUUGCGAGUGCGUGCGCGGCCGCUGCAGCGCCGCCUCCGGCCUGUGCACAUGCCCGCCCGGCUUCCGCGGCGCGCGCUGCGAGCUGCCCUGCCCCGCAGGCCGCUUCGGGCUUCAGUGCCGCGACAGCUGUGGCCACUGCAAGCAGAAUGAGCCAUGUUCUGCAGACACAGGUAGCUGCGAGUCCUGCGAGCCGGGCUGGAAUGGGACUCAGUGCCACGAGCCCUGCCCUCCUGGCACCUUUGGCGAGAGCUGCAGGCAGCAGUGCCCCCACUGCCGGCUUGGGGAGGCCUGCCAGCCAGACACCGGGCACUGUCGACAUUGUGACCCUGGCUGGCUGGGGCCCAGGUGUGAAGACCCCUGCCCGAUUGGCACCUUUGGGGAGGGUUGUGGCUCUACCUGCCCCACCUGUGUCCGGGGGGCCUGCGAUGCUGUGACUGGGGAGUGUGUCUGCAACGCCGGCUAUUGGGGGCCCAGCUGCAACACUUCGUGCCCAUCUGGCUUCCACGGAAACAACUGCUCUGUUCCCUGCGAGUGUCCAGAGGGAAACUGCCACCCUGUCUCUGGGGCCUGCCAGCUGGGAUCUCAUGGUCAGGAUGCCGCCCUCCUUGCGGGCAUUCUUGUGCCUCUGCUGCUUCUCCUCCUGGCCAUCGCCUGCUGUGCUUGCUGCUGCUGGGCUGCCCGGCUGGAUCCCAAGGACAGGCCAGCGAGAGAUGGGACCGCUAUGUCCAGGAUGAAGCUGCAGGUCUGGGGGGCACUGACCUCCAGCCUGGGCUCUGCGCUGCCCUGCGGUUCCCUCAGCAGCCACAAGCUUCCCUGGGUGACAGUCUCGCACCAUGAUCCGGAGAUCCCCUUCAACCAUAGCUUCAUCGAACCGCCCUCGGCUGGCUGGGCCUCGGACGACUCCUUCUCUACUGAUCCCGAGUCUGGAGAAGAGGACGAAGGUCCUGCCUACUGCGUGCCACCCCAAGAAGGGAUGGUCCCUGUGGCCCAAGCAGAGUCACCGGAGGCCAGCCUGACCGGAGGUCCCUUCCCUCCCGCUGAGGAUGCCUCCACGCCGUUUGCCAUCCCGCGCACUUCCAGCCUAGCUCGGGCCAAGCGGCCGUCAGUCUCCUUUGCCGAAGGCACCAAGUUUGCACCACAGAGCUGCCGAGGCUCCGGGGAGCUCUCCAGCCCUCUCCGUAAGCCCAAGAGGCUCUCCCGGGGGGGCCAGCCAGGUCCUGAAAGCCAGGAGGCCGAGGAGUCCACAGGCCCAGAGCAAGCAGAAAUGAACGGGGCCCCUCCUGGUGCCGCCAGCCCCAGGGAUUCAGCCACUGGCCGCCGCCGGCUCCCGCUUAGUGGCCGGACAGUGGCUGAACGUGUGGAAGCCAUUGAGGGCAGUGUCCAGGAGAGUGCAGGCUCUGUGACCACAAUCUACAUGCUGGCAGGGACACCCCGGGGAUCUGAGGGCCCCGUCAGGUCUGUCCUCCGCCGUUUUGGUAGCUUCCAGAAAGGCCAGGCAGAGCCUAAGGUCAAGAGUGCCAUCCCUAAGCCUCCACGCCGGGCCCUGAGUCGGAACAAGGGCAGCCCCGGGCUGGCCUCUGGCUCUGCCGAUCAGAGCUCCAGCUCAGCCCCAAGUGAGGAGCUGACUGGGGCCUUGGAGUCUGCAGGGACUGGGCCAGAGGAAGUGGCCAGGGGGCUGGGGGAUGGCAUCAAGAGCUCAGGGAGGGGCCAGGAGCUGGUCCCUGAGGGUGGUCCCCUAGAACAGGAUCCCCAGAAGCUGGCUGACGAGGAAGGGCAGGAGGAGCCCCAGUAUGAGAAUGUCGUACUCAUCUCUGGGCCACCAGAGCCCUGAGGACCUUGAAUUUCGUGAGUGGGAAGACUGGAUGGUGCUUAGGCAUCCGAACUGCCCCGAAUUAGAUGGUGUUUUGUGCUGGGAAAAGAUCCCAGGGCCAGGAAAGACACGCUGGAGCCCCUGCACUUCCACCGGGACAUGUCAGAGCUGGAGGCCAGUUGGCUCUGGCCCUGGCCAUGCUCUGGGAGUGGGUCUGGAAGGCCUGGGCAGAGACCCCACAGGAUGGGGUCAGGAAGGGGAAAGAGAUGGCUGCAGGGACUUUUUCUCUGUUGUCCUGUACUCUGUUUGCCCCCAAAGGCUAUUCUUUCCUUCAUUUGCAAAACAUUUUUCUGAAAUGGGAAACAACCUAAAUGUUUGAUGCUGAAAGAUUAAUUAAAGAGCUAUUCCUUA